AAGAACACAAGGGCAAUGGCAAGGAACACAAACAUGGCGUUUUUCGCAGCCAUGGCAGCGGCCGCUUUGCUAAUGAGCUCGGCGGCAGCGGCAACUACUUACCAAGUGGGCGAUGGGUUGGGUUGGGUUGUCCCUCCCGGUGGUGCCGCAGCUUAUGCUACAUGGGCUGCCAACAAAACCUUCGUUGUCGGCGACACUCUUGUAUUCACAUUUACGAGCGGAAGUCAUGACGUGGCGGAAGUGACAAAGGCAGCUUUUGAUGCUUGCAAUGUAACUAGUCCCAUUACUUUGAAGACUGCCAGCCCUACAAAUAUCACUCUUAGCUCUUCAGGGGAGCAUUACUACAUCUGCACCUUCGCUGGCCAUUGCAGUGCCGGUCAGAAAUUGUCCAUCAAUGUGAACGGAGCUUCUUCUCCGGCUCCGGCUCCAAGUACUACUCCUCCUCCACCUUCACCACCGGCCUCUGUUCCAGCACCGGCUUCAAGCACUACCUCUCCUCCCCCUCCACCUUCACCACCGACCUCUGUUCCGGCACCGGCUCCGAGUACUAGUACUCCUACCCCUGCUGCUUCCCCAGCACCAACACCAAGCUCCACAAGAGCACCUGUCAAUUGGACCGUUGGCAACAACUCUGGAUGGAACGUCCUCCCUCCAGGCUCUUACCAAACUUGGGCUGCUAACAAGACCUUUUUGGUUGGUGACACUCUAGUGUUCAACUAUGUGAACAGAACACACGACGUGGCAGUGGUGACCAAGGCAAACUACGACUCAUGCAACACCAGCAACCCCCUCGCUCUGUUCACGAACCCACCAACGAGAAUCACUCUCAACACCACCGGCGAGAAUUUCUUCAUCUGCACUUUCACCGGCCACUGUGCCGGAGGCCAAAAGCUUGCCAUCAAUGUCACCGCCGGCAGCACCACCGCCACGCCACCUUCCUCCACCGCCACUCCUCCAGGCAGCAGUGCCACCCCUCCAGGCUCUAGUGCCACCCCUCCAUCUGGAACUCCAACCACCCCAACUACUCCGUCGUCACCGACACCUGAAGGUGCAGCAGCACCACCAAAUGCAGCAGCUUCUCUCGGCGCCGCUGGCCUUUCCGCUACCUUUUUGUCCAUUGCUCUAGCUUUGUUGUUUUAGAUUAUUUUCCGGGGCGGUAUCUACUUUUAAAUCUUGUGUGAUGUGAUUCAUUCAAUUAGACAGCUAUAGCGGGAUUGUUGUAAUACGAUAUUGAUCAGUUUUUUUUUACAUAGUAAUAAAUUUUUGCUUUUGAAUUUUGA